AUGAUACCAAAGACCGACAUCCUGGAGGUAGGCGUUGCGGUUGGCCGAGGUACAGGCCCAGAAUUAGCCGAUGUGUUCGUCAAAGUACUCAAUCAGCUUGCCCGUCAUUUCAGCGUUCAGGUAAAAGUCUACCAAUCGUCGCGAAUCUAUCAUUCGUAUCACUCGCUUUUCUCAGCUGGAUAUGACCUUCAGCACAUUCGCGAUGAGACAGCGCUGGACGCAACGCAUUAUGAAGACUUCUGUAGAAAGCAGGCUGCGCAGGGUACCAAUGUCAUUUUUCGAACGGCUUUCACCGCGCAAUCAUUGUAUUUGGUCAGACAGCAUUUGGAAGCUGUUAAAGUUGAACAUUUCCACAAGCAAUCGGCAGAAAUCCUUCUCAUCCGUGAUCAAGCUCAGGGCUUCUAUACUGGGUCGAAUACUUACUCCUUGGACGCGCUAGCAGUUUCGCGCUCAUGUCAAUUCGACAAGGCCAUAUUCAAUCGCAUCGUUACUUACUCUCUAUCCCGGGCCCGUAGAUGCUGGGGCGAGAACACCAAGAUCGACUCUUUGACAUUGGUUUACAAGCAUCAUCUCUUUGACGGCAUUUUCGACGUCUGGGCCCGAGAGUGGUCACAGGAGCAUGGUUUGAGUAUCCAAUUCAUCCAGCCGGACACAAUGAACAGAAACAUACUCGCAUUCGGGGUUCAAGGGCAUCAGUUGAUCAUCGCCGGCAAUGAGUACGCAGACAUCAUGGAAGUACUGUUCCUUGACAUGUUCGGACAGGGUGUUCAAGAGACCAGCUAUUCCGAGAACGUCUACCUAUCGCCUCCAACGAGCGAGUUGGUGGAGUACCAAACCGUUCACGGUUCCGCGGACGACCUUACCGGCAAGGGAAUUGUAAAUCCAUCCGCAACCCUGAAAGCAGCUGCUGCAAUCCUCGAACGUCACGGUCGAUGCAAAGGCGUAGAAUCCAACAUGAAUAACGCCAUCGAAACAAUGGCCCAACAGAAAAACUGCACGCCAGACCAAGGCGGCACCUCCACCACCGCUGCCUACGUCUCAGCUAUCCUUCAUCACCUCGCAAACCUAUACAGCCAACCAACCUCUCUCUCGCUCGCCCGACGACCGUCACCCAUACCCACCACGCCCGAAACCUUAACACCAAACCCCCACCUCCCCACCCUCGGCUUGAAGACAGCCCUCCUAAUCAUCGACUUCCAACAAGAUUUCGCCGCCUCCAUCAACGCCUCCUCUCCAUCCCUCCCCACCAUCACCAACAACAUCUCUCGUCUGCUCUCCCACAUCCGCACCGCACAGACCCAAGCACUUCCCUCCCCGUCUCCAAACCCCACCUCGACCUCCCCCUCAAUCAAAGACAUAGAACCAAUCCACAUCCGCUUCCUCAGCCCCCCCUCGCACCACCCCACCCCCUGGACCACCCGCUCCGCCCGCCCCGCCAACUGCGUCCCCGGCACCCCCGGCGCCGCCUUCAUCCCCCCCAUCGCCCCCCUCCCCACCGAGCGCGUCUUCGACAAACACGCCCUCUUCGACCCCUUCCUGCUGCCGGCCUUCGAGCCCCACCUCCGCGCCCGCGGCGUCCGGCACCUGUUGCUGGCGGGGCUGUACGGCGACGUGUGCGUGGACGCGACGGCGCGGUCGGGGUUCCAGAAGGGGUUCUGGAUCAGCGUGGUGAAGGGAUGCGUGGGGAAUUUGCGGGCGGGGGUGGCGGAAUGGGAGAGCUUUGCGGAGGAGGUGUAUGGGGCGAGGAUGGUUUCGGUGGAGGAGUUGGGGGUGGGUGCGGGGGAGGGGGGGAGGGCGAAGCUUUAG